AUGCCAGCAGAAAGAGACUUGGAAGUGGAACAUGGAGAAAGACCAGACUCAGAGGAACCAGAACCAGAGACGUCCAAACCAGCAAGACGACACGACUGCUCCCACUGCGGGAAGAGUUUUACCAAGUUAGGGAACCUGAAAAGACAUGAGAGGACACACACAGGAGCAAAGCCUCAUCACUGCUCCCAGUGUGGGAAGAGUUUUACCCAGUUUGGGAACCUAAAAAUACAUGAGAGAAUACACACAGGAGAGAAGCCUUACCAAUGCUCUCAGUGCGGAAUGAGUUUUACCAAGUUAGGGUACCUGAAAUCACAUGAGAGAACACACACAGGAGAGAAGCCUUUCCACUGCUCACUGUGCGGAAAGAGUUUUACAGAGUUAGGCAACAUGAAAAGGCAUGAAAGGACACACACAGGCGAGAAGCCUCAUCACUGCUCUCACUGUGGAAAGACUUUUACUGAGUUAGGGAGCCUGAAAAUACAUAAGAGAAUACACACAGGAGAGAAGCCUUUCCAUUGCUCCCUUUGUGGAAAGAGUUUUACCGAGUUAAGCAACCUGAAAAAACAUGAGCGGACACACACAGGAGAUAAGCCUUUCCACUGCUCCCUGUGUGGAAAGAGUUUUACAGAGUUAGGGAGUCUAAAAAUGCAUAACAGAAUACACACAGGUGAGAAGCCUCACCAAUGCUCUCAGUGCGGAAAGAGUUUUACCAAGUUAGGGAACCUGAAAAUGCAUGAGAGAAUACACACAGGAGAGAAGCCUUACCAAUGCUCCCUGUGUGGAAAGAGAUUUACCUCAUUAAGGCAAUUGAAAGAGCAUGAAAGAAUCCACACCAUAGAGAAACGUUAGCAAUGCUCCUAGUGUGAGAUGAUUUAUUUACUCAGUUAGGGCACCUGAAAGACCAUGAGAUAAUACAUACAGUGAAGAUACCUUACCACCGUUCCAGUGUGGAAAGGAAUAUAUCACAUGAAAUUAUACUUAAAGUUUAUGAGACAACACAUACUUCUCCCACACUUGUUUCAUCUUUUUUUACUGCAAAACGUUGUGCUUUUGUUUAUGCCACAUAAAAUCAAGUUGUAUGAAAUGGACAAAAAAAGACAUCUAUAUUUUUUUUUUCAAAACUAACUGAAUAUGAAGUAGACUAUGUCAGCUUGAAUUUAUCUGAGUAAAGAACAUCACGCUGCUUGCUUAGCGAGUACUACCUUCCCCCAAUUAGCCACAUACCUGGCUCGAACUCAGGACCUCUGCAUUACAAACACACGUGACCGUCCUCGUUCAAUCGUCUCUACCCGUCGCGCCACUCAAAAGCUAGCAAUUUAACGGUACAAGCAAGGACACUUAUGACUGAGGAGUGAUUUUCACACAUCUCGAUGUGCUACAUUCACCCCUCAAACUUACAACAGCGACCCCCAGCGUUGAGCUGAGGGCAACUGUAGAUCCGAGUCACUAGUCACCACUGUAAAGGAGUUGACGUUGCUUCCUUAAGGUUGCUACAAGCCUCACGACUAAAGAUUCGGAUCUACAGGGUUUUUGUUCAAUUGUUGACACUUAAGGCAGUGAUACAUACUCUGUAAAUAAAUGAUCAUUUUCCAACUCUG